UGAGUUUGGCGUAGGUCUGAGAGAAGCAUUGAGAGAAAGAGAAGCUUCGUGGAAAGGGUUAAGCCAUUCGAUCGAUCGAUGAUGUCUUCUUCUUGAUUCCAUUUCUCAAUUUCACCAUUUUCAUGUCUCUUCCCACCAAACGCUCUUCUUGUUUCUCUGCCGCUUCUUCCUCUUCCUCUUCUCCUCCGAUGAAGAAAGCCAAAAACGGCCUCCAUCAGACGCCGCAGUCUCAAGAAGACGACAACGACAAAGAAGCCUUCUCGAUGGAGGACGAUCCUACUCCGGCCGCCGCGAAUCUCUCUCGGAAAAAGGCUACUCUUCCACAACCAACUAAGAAACUCGUCAUCAAACUCAAUAAAGCUAAACCAACUCUACCUACGAAUUUUGAGGAGAAUACGUGGGCAAAGCUGCAGUCAGCUAUCCAAGCUAUAUUCCUGAUGAAACCAGUUACUUUUGAUUUUGAAGGGCUUUAUCAGGCUGUUGAUAACCUUUGCUUGCAUAAGCUGGAAGAGAAACUUUACCAACAAAUUGAAAAGGAGUGUGAAGAACACAUCUCUGCUGCCUUACAAUCUUUAGUUGGUCAGAACACUGAUCUGUCUGUUUUUCUGUCGCUUGUCGAGAAGCGCUGGCAAGACUUUUGUGACCAGAUGCUAAUGAUUCGUAGUAUAGCCUUGUCUCUGGACAGAAAGUAUGUGAUACAAAACCCAAACAUACGUUCAUUAUGGGAGAUGGGUCUGCAGCUUUUCCGGAAGCAUCUCUCCCUUGCCCCUGAAGUUGAGCAAAGGACUGUUACUGGUCUCUUAAGUAUGAUUGAAAACGAAAGAUUAGGCGAAGCUGUUAAUAGGACUCUAUUGAACCAUCUCUUGAAGAUGUUUACUGCACUGGGAAUAUAUAUGGAAAGCUUCGAGAAACGUUUCCUUGAAUGCACAUCGGAGUUUUAUGCGGCUGAAGGAAUGAAAUACAUGCAGCAGUCUGACGUUCCUGAGUACUUGAAGCAUACUGAGGGAAGGUUGCAUGAAGAAAAUGAAAGAUGCAUGCUGUACUUAGAUGCAGGGACCAGGAAGCCACUGAUAGCAACCACUGAAAAGCAACUGCUUGAGUGUCACAUAUCCCCUAUUCUUGAUAAGGGUUUCACAAUAUUAAUGGAUGGACGUCGUACUGAGGACCUUCAGAGGAUGUACACUCUCUUAACUAGGGUUAAUGCGCUUGAAUUUCUGAGGCAGGCUCUAAGCUCCUACAUUAAGAAAACUGGGCAGAGGAUCGUUAUGGAUGAUGAAAAAGAUAAAGAUAUGGUACAAUCGUUAUUGGACUUCAAGAAUUCUCUUGACACUAUAUGGGAACAGAGUUUUUCCAAGAAUGAAUCGUUUGGAAAUACUAUUAAAGAUUCAUUUGAGCAUCUGAUUAAUCUUCGUCAGAACCGGCCUGCUGAGCUUAUAGCCAAAUUUUUGGAUGAGAAGCUCCGUGCUGGGAAUAAGGGUACUUCGGAAGAAGAGCUGGAGAAUACACUUGAAAAAGUCUUGGUUUUGUUCAGAUUUAUCCAGGGUAAAGAUGUCUUUGAAGCUUUCUACAAAAAGGAUCUUGCAAAAAGACUCUUGCUGGGAAAGAGUGCUUCGAUUGAUGCUGAAAAAUCUAUGAUCUCUAAGCUUAAGAAUGAGUGUGGUAGCCAGUUUACAAACAAACUUGAGGGGAUGUUUAAGGACAUCGAGCUCUCAAAGGAAAUCAAUGAGUCUUUCAAACAAUCGUCCCAGGCCAGGACAAAACUGCCGUCAGGAAUUGAGAUGAGUGUACAUGUUUUAACAACAGGGUACUGGCCAACAUAUCCACAAAUGGAUGCUAAACUUCCGCAUGAAUUAAAUGUUUAUCAGGAUAUCUUCAAAGAGUUCUAUUUGAGUAAGUACAGUGGUAGGAGGUUGAUGUGGCAAAACUCAUCAGGUCACUGUGUUCUAAAGGCAGAGUUCCCGAAAGGUAGAAAGGAGCUUGCUGUUUCACUGUUUCAGGCCGUUGUGUUGAUGUUAUUUAAUGAUGCACAAAAACUUAGCUUUGAAGACAUAAAAGAUUCCACAAACAUUGAAGACAAGGAACUGAGAAGGACCUUGCAGUCACUUGCAUGUGGGAAAAUUCGUGUACUGGUGAAGGUCCCAAAAGGAAAAGAUGUAGAGGAUGGUGACGAAUUUGUUUUCAACGAAGACUUUACAGCCUCACUGUAUCGCAUUAAGGUAAAUGCGAUCCAGAUGAAAGAAACGGUAGAGGAGAACGCAAGUACAACCGAAAAAGUAUUCCACGACCGCCAAUACCAGAUCGAUGCAGCCAUUGUCCGGAUUAUGAAGACAAGAAAAGUCUUAAGUCAUACUCUUCUAAUCACUGAGCUCUUCCAACAGCUAAAAUUCCCGAUAAAACCGGCUGAUUUGAAGAAGAGAAUAGAGAGUUUGAUCGAUCGAGAAUACUUGGAGAGAGACAAGAAUAAUCCUCAGAUAUACAACUAUCUUGCUUAGAAAAUUUCUCUACUUGUUUUAAGCCCCUCUUCACUCACACUUCGUUUAACAUUUUCUGUGUAUAUUUUUACAAUUUCACAAUUGUAGAAAUUUUCUUCCGUAAUCUCAAGAAAUUAAAGAGAAAAAAAGGCCGAGAGAUUCUGUUCUCGCCAUUUUAUUGU